AUGCGAGGGAAAUGGUGGAUCAUGGUGGCGGUGUGGACGAUGGCGAUGGCGAUGGGGGAGAAGCGCAGAGGGAAGAAGCCGCCAGGGGAGAAGAAGAAGAUGGCAAGAGGACAGUCGUCUUCGCCUUGCCCAGUAGGGAAGAAGCCAUCGCUCGAAGAGCUGAUGGUUGCCGGGAACAAGUACUUUGGGAACGAUUAUCAAGUGUCCGAGAGCUGCUACAUGAGAGCGAUAGAGUUGUACCCCGAUUCAUCACUUGCCUUGUACAACUAUGGGCUCACUCAGAUGAACCAACAUCGGCAUGAUGAAGCCCUUCGCUUCUUCAAAGACGCCAUCAAGCUUGUUCCGACAUAUUCUGAAGCUUACUUUGGCGUUGGAAGCACUCUGUACGACUCAGCAAAGGGGAACAAGAAAGUUCUGGCAGACGCUGUACAAGAGCUGCAAAUUUCCGUCAAGCUCAAUCCUACUUUCGUCGCUGCCUACAACCAGUUGGGGAACGCAUACUCCGGAUUGCAAAAGAUCAACAAGGCAGAAGAUGCAUACAAGAUGGUGGUGAAGUUGAGUCCAUCUGCCCCUGAAGGGCAUGCUAACUUGGCUCGAAUGCUGCAAGCGAGAGGAGACACGUCGUCAGGGGUCAAGGCCAUACAGAAAGCAAUCUCCUCCAGCCCCGUGCAGAACCCGUCGCUCUACCAUGAGCUUGCAAACGCCUACAAGAACUCAGGGAAUAUCAAGAUGGCUCAGAGGGCGAUUCGGGUACUCCUUGACAGGCUGAAGGAGCGUCAUGAGAUGGCGGAGGCUUACAUGAGCCUUGGGAUGAUCUUCUGGGGGCAGGGGCAGCUAGUGCGCGCUCGCAACCUUCUCUCAGCUGGCCUCAAAGAGCGAUCGUUCUCGGAAGGGCAGGCAAACCUUGGGAUCGUUCUGUCCGACCUUGGAGACUACAAGGCUGCCGUCGUCGCCUUCAAGGAGUCCAUGAAGCUGAACCCGCUGCUGGCCGAAGCGCCAAAGUGCCUCGGGGACACUUACAAGCAUCUGAACCGGUGGGAUGAAGCGAUCAAGAUGUACAAGAAGGCUCUGUCCAUCCGCCCGACGUACUGGGAAGCGCUGAACGACCUGGUCCAUGCUCUACAACACACAUGCAAGUGGGACGAGUGGUCCACCCAGUUCGCCAAGCUGCAGAAGCAGCUAGCACGUGAGCUGGAGUCGGGGGGUCAGCCGCUCUUCGUGAAGCCGUUCCAUGCUCUUGUCUAUCCCCUCAGCGUCGACCAGAUGUUACUGGUGGCUAGGUCAUAUGCGGCAAGGGCGAUCAGGUUGACAAGAAGCCUUCUGCCGAAGCCGAUGAAAACGACGAUAGCGCUGACGAGCAAGAAGAAGCUGCGGGUCGGGUGGGUGUCCUCGAACAUCGGCGACCACUCCCUUUCCCACCUCAUGAGCAGCGUCUUCAGCAGCCACGGCCAGAAGAUCGAAGCAUUUGUCUUCGCUCUCAAUGGGGAUAAUGACCCGGGAGAUCCAAUAUGGCGGAACAAGUCAGGAGUACAAGGAGCGAAGGUGGUCAACAAGAAGAAAAUCCACGUGCUGAUCGAUCUGGUCGGCUACACUGGAGGGGGGGAACGGGCCAACGAGGUCUUUGCGUCCAAGCCGAGUGAAUUGCAAACGUCCUACAUGGGGUUCUGCGCGAGCACCGGGGCGCCGUACAUGCAGCACAUGAUCGCCGACCGAGUCGUUGCUCCUCCGGACUUUCAGUCUCACUUCAGCGAGAAACUUCUCCUGCUCCCGCACAGCUACUUCUGCAAUGACCACCGGCAGCAGCCCAGCUGGGCAGAUAUCCCCAGCUCCAGGGUGAGCAGGAAGAACUUUGCGGAGCUUCCGGCCCAUGGGAUCCUGCUGGCCUGCUUCAACCAGCUGUACAAGAUCGAUCCUCUCGUCUUUCAGACUUGGAUGAAAAUCCUCAAGCAACAUCCUCAUGCCUUGCUCUGGCUCCUCGAGUUUCCUCCGGUUGCUGUGGAGAAUAUCCGCAAAGAGGCCAUUGCCCGCGGGGUCAGCAGCGAUCGUCUCGUUUUCGGAAAGACCCUUCCUAAGAGAGAAUAUCUUGAGCGAGGAGCGCUUGCUGACCUUUUCCUGGAUACGCCUCUAGUCAACGCGCACACAUCUGCGACGGACAUCCUGUGGGCUGGCGUUCCGAUGCUCACGUUGUCACGAGAAAGCAUGAUCUCCCGCGUCGCCGCCUCCCUCUGCCUCGCUGCGGGAAGGCCUGAGAUGGUCGCCAUCAAUCUAGAGGAGUACGAGCAGGUGGCGUCAGCGCUGACGGAACUUGCAAGACAGGUUUCUCCGCUCUUCGACACCAACCUCUGGGUCAGGCACCUCGACGUUUCUCUUGAGCUCUCCUGGGACAGCCACCUGGCGGGCAACGGGAAAGAAUUUCAUGUUAUCGUUAAACCUAGCAAGUAA